AUGACAGAUAGUGGAAAAGGAAUACGGAUACAAGUGGCAGAGUCUCAGAGGAUGGCUUAUCAGUUCAUUAUGGAGACAGCAGAUCAACCUACAACAUUUGCCUAUAGUAUGGACCAAGCAAACAAGUCAAAUGACUUUAUGUUACCGCAUGAUGAGCUUCUAAACAAGGACAAAACCAUCAAGGAGCAUGAAGAGAUUUUACAUAAAGGUUCUGAUCUACCUUCAAAAUGGACAUCUCUGCAAAUCACUAAAAGUGCUGAUAGCAAGAGUAUGGAGUUUCUUGCAAAGUUGGCCAAAGAUGCACACCAGAGAGCGGGCUUGAGGAAGAUGCCUGCCUCAGUCAGUAUACUGGAUGGAGAUGCUCUGGGCAUGAAUCAAGAUUAUGUAAUGGAGGACCCUCAGAAGUUGGGAGAUCCUGUGCAAGAUUUUGCUCUUAGCAUCGACGGUUGUUCCAAUAUCUUAACGAAAACUUUUAACAUCAGAGCUGCAAUGGUCUUAAGACACAACAUCAAGGAACUGUCUAUGAACAUUAAUCUCAUCAUAAAUGGGAAGAGUAUCCUCACCUACUCACAGAAACUCUGUGAGCCGAAUGGCCGAAGGUUUAUUUUCUGUGGAAAGAAAAAAGGAGAACAUAUCUACUACGAAGGGCCUGUCACACUGGGAAUCCAUGAAAUCCCCCAAGGAGAGUACACAGUUUCAGUGAUGCUGUAUAAUGAAGAUCAUCUCACUGUUGCUUGUGCUGAUUUUACCAUAAAAAAUAAAUAAUUUUUCCCCAUAUAAAGCAAAGAAGUGAUCAGAAACAGUUCAUUUAAAGGGGCAGGUCACCAAAAUAGUGCAAGCUUUGUAGCUGAGAAAGCUAGUUAUAUUCUACAGUGAUAUUGAAGGAAAUAAUUCCACUCAGAGGUUCAGGUGCUAUUCUUGUUUAUAAUCUAUUGCUUUUAGGAAGUCACUAGAACCCCAAGAGAUAAUUUAUCCUAUGACAUUCACUGUACUCCAUUUGUUUUUGUUUCUAUAAUAUAUGGCUGCUUUAAAAUAGCAAGAGUUUUAAAUGCUCAAAAGCCUUCUAGUCCACUAACUGCAGAACUGCAUGAAACAGGCAUUGCUCAGUGAGCUGUCUAGCAGGAGGAGAUCAGAGCUUUUUUCCUGGGCUACUGGAGGCAGGAGGGAACUUAGCACAGUGUUUCCCAAACACAGGCAUGCCUGCUAGAGCGAUGGCUUUUGUGAUUGACACUAGGCAGGGAGUUCCAACCACAGAACCCUUUCCUACCUGAACUUGGUGCAGUGAAUGUCUGUAUCAUUUUACACAUGCUCAUUUUACACAAUGAUAGACUUGGAUUGUCCCAGAUUUCAAUUUUGUUCAGUCUGACAUGAUAGGGGAUUUGGAGCAACCUUAGUUUAACUAAAUGAGAGGCAGGCCAACAUUAUACCAGAGGAGAGGAGUUGCAGUUGCUGCAUUAAGAGAAGAGGACACUGGCACUGCCCAGGUCUUACUCUUAGAAAUUGAUGCCUUGGGAACCACUAUACUGCACUCAGUCUCUGGUGGGGAGGAGGGAGUGCCUCACAUUAUCCCUUCCAAAUUCAGUAUAGUUCAGUACCUAACACAGGGCCAUUUAAAAAAAAAAAGCUUCCAAUAUCUUACAUUGGCUAUUA